AUGGCUAUAACCCCGGAUUACGAGGGAAUGGUGAAGUUAUUGGUGAACCAGUUGAUUCGUAUGUACUUCAAGCAGGACGCUUGUCCUAUCCAGGCAACGGCUGAAAUUCAGUUCUGUGCCGCUCAAGGACGAGAUCAUCGUGCAUGUUGUGAAAGAAACGGUGUUACAACAACUCUGGCUGGAGCUAAGGUAUUGUUCAAUGCCCUUUAUGAAAGAGCCAAAAGGUCAACAAUCACAUAA